CUUUUCAACAAUGACCAAUAAGCAUUGUGAUUGUGCUUUUUGAUGGUUAGUGGAAGUACAUUUUUCUUUUGUCAACACCUUUCACCAAAUUCGUUUUUUGCUGAUUUUUUAUUUUCAUCGAUUAAAAUCAUCGUGUCCAGUAAUGGCCAACGAACUACCACCAUCAAUUGAUAUGAAUAUAUCCGACGAAGAGAUUCGCCGUCGGCUUAUCAAUGAUCACAAUGUUCAAUGUGGUCCGGUAACAACACAAACCCGACGUAUUCUUUUGAAAAUGCUUAUAAAAUUAGAGAAUGAGAGGUCCACCAAUAAUUCGAAUGAAACAAAUGGUACAUUCAAUAAUGGUUCAAUGAACGAUGAUCAACAUGAAUAUUCGGGCAUCAUGAAUGGUGACAAUCAUCGUAAUGAUCAUGUUCGAGAUGUUUCAAAUAUUCGCGAUGAAGACAUUUCUUCAGUUGAAACCAUUCGACCGACUAUGGAAAUUAGAAGAUCGACAACACGAAAACAAUCUCCUCAACCUAAUUCACCACGACGACAAAUAAUCAGUGACGAAGAGAUUGAAGCCAUCGAAACAUUCAAGGAAGUACAGAAAACUUUAAAACAGCCAUCCUUAAAUAAGAAAUCUACAAAAAGUUUUGGAAUUUCACACUCUACAAAUUCUAGCCUAAAUGACCUCUCCUCUGAAAGUUCGGAUGACAAUGAUGAUACAAAUGAAAUGGUCAAGCCUACUCUAAAUACUCCGAAUUCAUAUAAAAUUUCUGGUAUCACAAUGCCUAGAGUAACAGAGAAUCAAACCUAUCGACCGAUUUCAAGUUUAAGUCGAGCACCAAUUCGUCGUUCAACCGUCACAACCAAAUCAACCUUAUUCGACAUUCAUAAAAGUAAUACAUCAUUGUUAAACUAUAGCGACAGCGAAUCUGAUACAGAACAAUCAUACAAAAAAGAUAAGAUAUGUCAAGUGUUGUUGAAUCAUCGUCCAGGAUUGGGACGUGCCCGACAUACUGCAAACAAACGUUCAUUCACAUGGGUAUUCACAUCAUUGUUCCAGAACAUGAAACGUAAAUUGUGGCCAUCUCAAAAAAAAGACGUUACGGCGAAUUUUUCAACAUCAUCUAAUUACAUCUCUUGGGCUUUAUUGAUGUUUGUUAUCAUCUUUUUUGUUGUUAUUUUCUCCAUUUAUUUCUACUCAAAAUUCACCCACACUUCAAGAUAUAAUUUGGAUUUGACCGAUUAUGCAUUCAUCGAAGACAAAAGUAAAUUAUUGGCGCCUAUUUGUAAUCAAAACGAUGACGAUCCUAAAGUAAAUUGCCUAUCGUAUGAAAGUGAUAAAAAGCCCGCAUUAAAUAUAAUCAAAGAAAUCAAAAGCUUUAUUGACAAACAUGUUUAUGAGUCUUAUUGUGAAUCAUCAUCAAACAAAAGAGUCCUGCCAGAAAUAACCAGUUUCACAUUCAAGAAAAGUGAUUUUGAAAAAGAUAUACAAACAAAGAUUGACUCGUUGUCUUCAUCGAUUCCACGUGAUGAAAGUCAGCGUCAAAUGAAUGCAAAAGAGUUGUUCACGUAUGAUAUGUCCAAUGCAUUCAAAUUGAUCAAACUUAAUACGGCAUGGAACAUCCAAGUUGACGAUCAUUUCCCGUUCGAACUAAAAUUGAUGCCAAAUUAUAAUGUAAAUUUGCCAAUUCAAUGUUCAUUAAAAUUUUUCUGGAACUCGAACUUUUGGAUCAUAAUUUCAACAUUGGCUACUAGUUUAUUUGGCGCCAUAUUUCUUCUCUAUUAUCGUUAUAGCAAAAAUCUUGAACUUCAAGAACAAGAACUCGUGUACGAUUUGAUUGAAAAAUCUGUAGAACUAUUGCAAUCACCAGACGAGCCACAAUCAAUGCCUGUGUUACAUAUCCGUGACACGUUAUUAUCGCCAGCUGAAAAGAAAAGCUCUAAAUAUAAACGAGUUUGGGAUAAAGUUGUAAAGCAAAUUGAAAAUUCGGAUUCUCGCGUCAAAGUUGUGUUCAAGGAAAUCGAUGGUGAAGAAUUCAAAGCGUGGAAAUGGAUUGCGACAACCAAUAGUCCGUAUGUUACUGAUAGUGAAAAUGACGGCGACUUUCCGGCUCCUGCUUCUUCACAAACACAGAAAAUUGGUGGCGUUGAAUGGCAAGGACAAGCGUUUGCUUUCUCCAACAAUAAAGCUAAUCAAUCGUCGAAUAAUGAAUCCAUGGAACUAUCACAUUUUCCCGAUAUUAAUCGAAACAAAAAUUUUCAGGCAUUGACCCGUUUUUUGAAGAUUAGAAACAUUUUCGAAAAAGAAGCUCAAUACGUCGAUUCGAAUUGGAGCAAAAAAGUUAAGAAUACCAUAUUGGAAAAAACGGCUACUACUUCUGAAAAUGGUCAACAUGAUAUUGUUCACAUUGAAAUCGAUGAUAGUACCAAUGAAGGUUUGGUAUUUCUUAAAUGUGGCUCAAUGAUUGGAGCUACAAAUGCUUUCCAUGCAUUACAUGGAUGGUGGUGCGAAAAGAAAUUGGUCAGUGUAAAAUUCCUUAAAGAAGAUCGAUACUAUCAACGAUUUCCUCAUGCCCGAUAUAUGGAUACGCCAUUACAAAUCACAUCAAUUGAAUGAAUAUACGACCACGAUAAAGGAUUUUGACGAUUAAACAUCAGGUGUAAUAAUCCACAUAAAUUCUCCUUUUUAUUAUACCCAUCAUCAGUUGGCUUAGCUGUUUCUUCUUGAACACAAUCAUUAUAUUCACUUUAAUCUUAAUAAAUAUUUUUGAAAAUGUGUAAA